AUGGACAGAGGCGGCCACCCGAAUGCUUCUCCGGCAAGGACACCUCCUCCUCCUCAGGCUUCUCCAGCAAGGACAUCUCCAGCCCGGGCUUCUCCAGCAAGGACACCUCCUCCUCAAGCUUCUCCAGCAAGGACAUCUCCAGCCCGGGCUUCUCUUCCCCAGGCUUCUCCAGCAAGGACACCUCCUCCUCAAGCUUCUCCAGCAAGGACAUCUUCAGCCCGGGCAUCUCCAGCUGGGGCUUCUCCUCCUCAGGCUUCUCCAGCAAGAACAUCUCCAGCCAGGGUAUCACCUUCCAGGUCAUCGUCGGGCAGGUCAUCAUCUGCCAGGUCAGCCUCCACGACAUCCUCCCCAACGAGAGUGUACCUUGUUAGAGCAACACCAGUGGGGGCUGUCCCCAUCCGGGCAUCUCCUGCCAGGUCAGCACCAGCCACCAGGGCCACCAGGGAGAGCCCAGGUCUCAGCGUGCCCAAGUUCUCCUGGCAGGAGACACAGAGACAGCUGCCACUCAUCGGGUGUAUCAUCCUUCUCAUCAGCCUGGUGAUCUCACUCAUCCUUCUCUUCUACUUCUGGCGAGGCCACACGGGGAUCAAAUACAAAGAGCCGACAGAGAGCUGCCCCAACCACGCCGUUCGCUGUGAUGGAGUGGUGGACUGCAAAAUGAAAAGCGAUGAGCUGGGCUGUGUCAGGUUCGACUGGGACAGGUCUCUGCUGAAGGUCUACUCUGGGUCCUCUGGUGAGUGGCUCCCUGUCUGCAGCAGCAGCUGGAAUGACAGCGACUCCAAGAGGACCUGCCAGCAGCUGGGCUUUGACGGUGCUUACCGAACAGCCGAGGUGGCCCAUAGGGACAUCACCAGCAGCUUCUUACUCUCUGAAUACAACUCCACCAUCCAGGAAAGCCUCUACAGGUCCGAAUGUCCUUCCCAGCGGUACGUCUCCCUCCAGUGUUCCCACUGUGGUCUGAGAGCUAUGACCGGGAGGAUCGUGGGAGGGGCUCAGACCUCAGAGACCAAGUGGCCUUGGCAAGUGAGCCUACACUUUGGUUCCACCCACAUCUGCGGGGGCACACUCAUCGAUGCCCAGUGGGUGCUCACCGCUGCCCACUGCUUCUUUGUGACCCGGGAGAAGGUUCUGGAGGGUUGGAAGGUGUAUGCAGGCACCAGCAACCUGCACCAGCUCCCUGAGGCUGCCUCUAUCUCCCAGAUCAUCAUCAAUGGUAACUACACCGAUGAGCAGGAUGACUAUGACAUCGCCCUCAUGAGGCUUUCCAAGCCUUUGACCCUCUCAGCUCACAUCCACCCUGCCUGCCUCCCGAUGCACGGUCAGACCUUCGGCCUCAAUGAGACCUGCUGGAUCACUGGCUUUGGCAAAACCAAGGAGACAGAUGAGAAGACAUCUGCCUUUCUCCGAGAGGUUCAGGUCAACCUCAUUGACUUCAAGAAGUGCAAUGACUACUCGGUCUAUGACAGUUACCUUACCCCAAGGAUGAUGUGUGCCGGGGAUCUUCGAGGAGGGAGGGACUCCUGCCAGGGAGACAGUGGAGGACCUCUUGUCUGUGAGCAGAACAACCGCUGGUACCUGGCAGGCGUCACAAGCUGGGGCACAGGCUGUGGCCAGAGGAACAAACCUGGUGUGUACACCAAAGUGACAGAAGUCCUUCCCUGGAUUUAUAGCAAGAUGGAGAGUGAGGUACGCUUCCGGAAAUCUUAACCUCACAUGGCUGACUGCUAUGAAGAUCCUAAAGGGACCAGGCCAUUCACAGCAUGGGGACCAGGGGCCACCAGGCACCUUUGUCCCUACCGCCUCUGCUGUCUGCUGUCUCUGUGAGAGUGCAAAUGUGGUGUGUGUGUGUGUGUGUGUGUGUGUGUGUGUGUGUGUGUGUGUGUUACUAUUCUUUCAAGUUCUUCG